UUACAUCAAAGAGUGCUCGCAAUCAGGCUCCCCAUUGUAUCUGUUUCAUAACAACUUCCCUGGUAAAUAUGUAUUUGUUUCAGUGUUAGGCGACCGGCUCUGUUAUGCAGAUGAGCUCAAAUUACUGCCUGCUUGUUUGUGCAGAUCUGAACCACCAGCUCUCCCCGACUCAAACCCUGUGUCCACUCCAACUCUGACUAAUGUCCUUCGCCAGUUUCCUGUAUCCAUGGUGACGGCUGGACUGGACCAAUCAUUGAGAGCAAGGAAGUGUUGUUGUUUCCUGUCCUCCCCAAAGGUUUCCUACGACCACAGAGGGAGCUCUCAGUUGCCUUCUUGUAAUGUUGCUGACUUUCUUGACAACUCUGACUGGAUUUAUGUAAAUCUGGAAAUAAAGUUGGCUCAGCUCAGGUGGAAUGCUGCAGAAAUCUGUGCAUUAAUCCAUUUCCCCCUGAGGGAGUUGUUGACUGCUGAUAUCCACUUCUUUUUUGGGGGGGUUGACUUGAAGAGCUUAAAUGCCUUGUAUUUCUAGGAGCUUACAGGGAGCCAUGUCAGGAACCUUCUUCAUCUUAGAGCAUGAGAAACACAGACCAUGCUGACAGUGACAGUAACACAAAAAGGUUGCUAUCCAGAAGUUGCAGAUUUCAACAGUCAUGCAGCCAGAACAUGUGACCGCCCUGGGGUCUCUGCAGAUCCCCUCCCAACCUGUGCGCUUGCAUGAAAGCUCUCCCCAGGGACGGGGCCAGCUCUCUCCCCCUCUGGGCUCAUCUCCCCAGGCCCCCUGUGUGGCCUCUGUCCUGCCUCCCACCUGCUGGACGCUGGAGGUGGCAGCGGUGGUGCUCCUCAUGACGGUGGCUGGCGUGGCGAUCCUGAUCCUGCUCUACAUGGUGCUCCUGCUGCGCCACAGGCUCAAAGUGGCCCAGGCCGGAAACACCGUGGAGUACUGGGGGUUCUUCCGCUCGGCGCGGUACAGCCUGAAGGAGCCCCGCCCGCCGCAGGUCUUCCCUGUUCCAACAACAGUCGUCACACCUGGGCCUGAUGUGACGGCACCACCGGUGAUCGAGUCCAAACCGCUGGCGGAUCUGCCUCCAUGCGUCUCUCUCGCUCAGCACCAGCCGCCUCCUCCGUAUUGGGAGCCCCCUCCGUCUCUGUCCCCCACAAGCUCAGGUCAAUCUCCACCCAAUCCCUCCACCCAACUACGAACAUCUCCACUUCCACCACGCUUUACCAAGAGUCUACCACCAGUGGCUGCCCCUGUGCUGCGUACCACAUCCGUUCCCAUCAUACCUUUCCCAUCAUUACCCCGCCCUCUCCACCUGAAGUCCCAAGCUUCGCUUCCACUGCGGCCUCUGUCAGCUCAGCCCCACCCUCACAUCUACACCACUCCACCCAGCCCUCACCUGUCCUGGGGAGCGUGCUCAGACGUGGACGUGUACUCGCGGGUGGGGUCUAUGACACUCUCAAGGCCUGCCAGUCGAAGCCAGACGCAGGUGAUCCUGUUUGAACACUCUGCUUUAUGAUCGAAAAGCAUAUUUUUAAUGUCCUGCCUCAGUCCUAUAUGACCAUGUUACUGAUGGAAGGACAUAUUUAAAGACAACUCCUGAAAUGUUGCUAGUUAUUUGCUAGUUGUAGGCCAGCGCUGUCCGUGUGUUGUUUUGUUCAUGCAUUGAGCGUUUUGCCGUAUUUCCAAGACACUUAAAUAAAUCCUACGAUAUACAGACACAAUAGAUAUUACAUAUAUUACAUGGAUCAAUUACCUUCCUUUGCAAAGUAAGUAGUUAUGGCAGCAAUGAAAACAAUGUUUGUGUCAUGAAAUGACUAUCAAUGUACCAGUUGCCAUAACACAGACACUUCAGGCAUUUUGGGGUAACACAUUCUCUGCCAUCAAGGGUGAUUAUAGAAUGUAUGUGUGCAUACAUUUGAACACAACCAUGUGUUCACAUGGUGCCAAACAUAUGUACAUUUCAUUUUCAAAGCACUGCAUUUUUAUUCUGUCUUUGAGACAUACAUUGCUGAUCUACAUUUGUAAAAGUAUCUAUGCACCUACGCUUUCUUUCUGAUAUUUUCUUUAUUUAUAGUAAACAGAAAGACUGCAGUGUUGUCUUUGUGUACUUACAACAUCAUGGUCUGUCUCUAUUCACAAUAGAAAACACAUCUUCAUGAUGCAUUUGGUUUAUAAAUGAAUUGCUAAAAACGUUCCAAACUCCCACAUUACAGACCCACAUAAUAUAUUACAGAGGCUCUCUUAAAAUGCAAGAAUGGGCUAUUUUUGACAGACAAUAAAGCCUUCUGCGGUUUGGUG